AAAGAUCGCGGUAUCUAACUUUCUCAGACGCCAUUUUGCACUUGUUGCCUGAGAAACAAAACUAUUUUUGCUGUUAAAAUUGUUUUCCGAAUCUCCAAAUCUACGCGGAGACAUGGAGACAAUUUUGGAGCAGCAGAGACGUCUCCAUGAAGAACGGGAAAGGCUAGAAGACGCAAUGUCUCAGGAAAUACUACACAAAAUCAGCAGGAAAGCAACCGGCAAAGAGCAGAUCAAUGCUGACCAUAGAACACGUAAUUUGCUAGAGAGGUCAGUCAUUGCAGCAGAGUCAAUGGCAAACUUGUAUGAAGACCAAGAUGGUCUGAGGAAGGAAGAGGUAUCAUCCCUCUCAGGUCCCAAUGAGUUUGCUGAGUUCUACAGCAGGCUGCGGAGUCUAAAAGAGUACCAUCGCAAAUACCCUAAUGAGGUAGCUGAGCCCAUGCAGAUGGAAUUUCUUCGAAUGAAAGAGAACAGAGAAAACAACAUUGAGGAUAAUUUACCGCUGGUAGAGUUCACCGAUGAAGAGGGUUAUGGCAAGUACUUGGAUCUCCAUGAAGUCUAUGACAAGUACCUCAACCUUAAGGGAAUUGAGAAAAUCGACUACUUGACAUACUUAGACACCUUUGAUCGACUUUUUGAUAUCCCAAAAGACAAGAAAAACAUGGAUUAUAAAAGAUAUCUAGAGUCCCUUCUUGAUUACCUAUAUGGAUUCUGUGAGCGUGUUCAGCCCCUUUAUGAUCUUACCAAGGAACUCUCCAAGGUGGGGGAAGAGUUUGAAGGGCAGUGGGCUCAAGGAAACUUUCCCGGAUGGCAAAAAGAUGCAAGCAGCGCCCUUGCUCACACAGGAGCGCAUCUCGACCUGUCAGCUUUCUCAUCGCCUGAGGAGCUGGCAUCAUUAGGUCUUGACCGGCUCAAGCAAGCUUUGCAGGCCUUAGGGCUCAAGUGUGGAGGAACCCUUGAGGAGAGGGCCCAGAGACUGUUUUCGACCAAGGGUGUCCCCUUGGAAAAACUUGACCCCUCAGUAUUUGCCAAGUCAAGAGCAGGCAAAGGAAGGGAAAGCUCAGAGCGACAGAAAGAUAUUGCAUCUUAUGAAGCUCAAGUCUACCACCUCAGUGAAUUACUAGGGGAACAAAGACAAGCCACAAGAGAAAAUGUAGAGAGGAAACAAGCUAGAACUUCAGAUGAAUUAGAGGAAGAGGAAGAACAGGAUGUAGGCCAUGAUUCAGAUUCUGAUGAUGAGGAAACGGUGCUCUACAACCCUAAAAAUCUUCCGUUAGGCUGGGAUGGAAAGCCCAUCCCUUACUGGUUAUAUAAACUCCAUGGCUUGAAUAUCAGCUACACAUGUGAGAUCUGUGGCAAGUUUACUUACAGGGGUCCCAAGGCAUUCCAGCGGCAUUUCGCUGAGUGGCGACACGCACACGGUAUGCGAUGUCUGGGAAUCCCCAACACCGCUCACUUUGCCAACGUCACUUUGAUCGAGGACGCCGUCGCACUAUGGCAGAAGCUGAAGUCCAGCAAGGCCAGAGAAAGAUGGCUACCGGAACAAGAGGAAGAGUUCGAGGACUCGGCUGGCAACGUCGUCAACAAGAAAACGUACGAAGAUCUUAGUCGACAGGGCUUGCUCUGAAUGACGGGAACAUGUCACACAACACCAUCGACGACGUCGCAUCCUUCAAACACCAAACACGCCUCGCAGACAUCAAAACUGGCGUUCAAAAUUUUAUUCCGCUUUUCCUUUUUACGUGACAGACGGUUAUAUCUUAAGCUGUAUUUACACCAAAACCAUGUUUAGUUAAACAAGGUUUUUCUUUGCCUGAUAACUUGCCAAGUUUCUCAUUGUGUUGAAUUCUUAUACUAGCUUAAUGAUCGCUUAGUAACAUGUACAGCACAGCCUAUUCAGUUUUGUUCUUGGUUCUCUCCACUCUUGGGAGUUGAGAUUUAAACCAGUUCAAUUAAACCACCUUAAAACUGGUGCUGGUGUGAAUGCGGUAUUACUGUGAUUUGUCACACAAUCUUAUUUCUCACUCUAGUGCUCGUGUUGCGUGACUGUGACAAUGCUGAAGGUUCCAUGCCAUGUAUUAUUGUAUGUGAGUUUAUCUUGUAUUUUACUUAAUAAAGGCCUCACCUUCCA